AACAGAAAAAAUAAAGACUGGCCACCCAUAGCAUUUUCAACCGUCCCUAUUCAUGACGUCAUAGUGCAUUCCCAGAAUUCUAUUAAGAAUUAUUCUAUUAUGACGUCAAUGUAUUGUGGUAUAUCCAUAGUUUGAUAAAAGUUGUGAAACUUCGCCAAAUAUCAAUUUUCAUAGUAAAUCGUAUUAACAGCCUUGUAAGCUUGGACAUUGAAAACGAUUUACAGGUAAAUUAUUCAAAACUGUAUAGCCUUCAUUAAUAAUUGUAUCUUUUUGACAACCAUGCAUUGUCUUUUUAGAAAAAACUUCAUAUUUGUAAUUUUAUUUCAGAGAGAAGUAAAAAAUGGAUUUUUCGAACAGGAAAGACUUCUUGGUAGGAAGACUUCCCUUUAAUGAUGACAGAGAUAGCUUGGACAGCUGUUCCCUGGACAGCUAUAUGGACAGCGACGCCUCUUCUCUUGGUCACUCACCUUCGUUCCAUGAGAGCGGCCGCUUGAUUCCAGAGAGUGCCUACACAGAGUUGACAGACUCCACCCUAACCUUAACACCACAAAGUGCUAGGUGGCGACCCCCCACUGGCUUCUCGCCAACCAGUCCACCACCGAUGUACUAUCACCCCGGUCAGUAUCAUGGUAAACACUGCCGAAAUGUGAUGGGAGUCAAGGGACAGAAAGGGACCAAACCUCAUGGGAUCCCUGGUAGAGGAUACCAACAGACAUGCUAUGGCAGACAGUACGUAGGGCACGUGGACAGAUAUGGUCACGAGUACAAGAGCACCAAACUCCCUGCUAUCCAUACAAAACUUGCUUCUGUGUAUGGCAUCCCUCAGACAGUCGAGACUAGAAGAUGUGCAACGGUGGUCCACAAAAACACCGGACAGCGAAAAACUGGCCCAAAGCAAGAGUCCAUCGGAGUGACCCUACCUCCCAUACACACGGGGCAUGCUCAAAGUCAAUGCAGGAAAAAAGAGAACAAAGCCACCAAGAUAACGGCCUCAGUUCAGGCCAAGGCGACCUCAGGGACCAUCCGAUCAGACCUGGAUGUCUUACAAACCCGUGCUAUGGCCCCACCCUUCAACACGUAUGUAGACGAGGCAGCAUCAGCCCGAUAUGUCCGUCAUUAUUACGGCGAGCACCGCUGAAUACAAAGGCAAUAAUUUAACAACUGAACGAAAUACAUGAUACCCGGUAUAUGGAACCUGUAAAGAAACAUUUUUGGUUAGUUUUGAGACUUCGUUGCGCGAGUUUUGGCAUGCAGAUAUGGUCUGUGUGGUAGAAAUAGUGUUCUUGAUUUCUAUUUUAUGUUAGCAGUUGAAAUCUGUUUACAUGUGUAUAUCUUCAACAACCCCCAUCCCCUAUUUAUCACCGUAUCUGACGACAAUGUAUGGUUUUUCAAUGUUUUAUUCAUCGCUAUAACUUAACAUGUACUCCUAUGUAAGAGGACUAGCUCCAGUAACCAUUGUUAAUGCUUCGGUAUAACAGGUCUCGGGGACACAAAGCUAACACUCCAAUAGAAAAGGACUGAGUACACAUUGUUAACACUCCGGUGUAACAGGACUCUAGUAACCAUAUGUUAGUACUCCGGUACCCAAAUUAAAGCUAAUACCCCGGCAACAUGACUCCAGUACCCAAAGCUAAUACUCCGGUAUAAAAGGACAGUAAACAAUACCUAUAGCUAGUUCUCCGGUACCCAGAUUUAGCUAAUACCCCGGUAACAUGACUCCGGUACCCAUAGCUAAAACUCCGGUAUAAAAGGAUCCUGGACAGUAUCCCGGCAUAGCGAAUACUAGUACUCGAGAUCCGGUAUAACAGGGUUCCAGUACGCAGAGCUGGUACUUUAUUACAAAUGAACUUCGGUGUUUAACAGGAGUCUGAUAUUCAUUAUAAUGUUAAUAUUCCUUUGUAACAGGAAUCCGGUACCCAUGCAUAGAUAGUUCUCUGGUGAAGAAUGAUUCGUGAUUAUAUUUUCUCAAAGUUGAAAUUUGCUUUGCGUGUAAUUAGCUAUUAUAUAUUACAGAAAGUCGUAUAAAGUCAAUAAUAUGUCAUUUAUGCUUCUUUUUUUUUUAUUUCAAUAUGUAUUUAUAUGAAUUUCACA